CACCACCCACCCGAACCGAAACUUAAGAAAGAACAGGCAGAGCAGGAAAAGAGAAGGUGGACGCGUUUGUGUUGAGUAAAACGAAAGUAAACUGAGAAGUCAUGAUGGCUGAAAACAUGGACGAGGACAUGCCGGAAGAGUCUCCUCUCCAGCAGGACCUGUCCUGUCCGGUGUGUCAGGGCAUCUACGACGACCCGUUGAUGCUGCCGUGCUCCCACAGCUUCUGCCGCCGCUGCCUGCUCAGGUGCUGGGAGCAAACGCGCAAGUGUCCGAUCUGCAGAACCAAAUGCGAGGAGUCGCAGGCCGUGUCUAACCGCGCGCUCAAAAGCGCGUGCCAGAGCUUCCUUAGUCAAGCAGUGAGGACGUCGGACAACCAGAAUCGGAGCUCCGUGGAAGUCUGCAACAUUCAUCUGAAGCCGCUGGAGCUGUACUGUGAGAAGGAUGAGGAGCCCGUGUGCGUGGAGUGCGUCCCCCUCCACAGCGCGCACAGGCUGCUGUCGCUCAAACAAGGAGAGAGCUUCUGCAAGCAAGAGCUUGAAUACAAAGAUAAAAUCUUUGAGAAGAAAAUGGAAAAUUUCAAAAAAAUGAAACUGAAGUUCAACAACGCCAUGGAAUACGUCAAGGUUCAAGCUGGAGAAGCAGAAAGACAGAUCAAAGCAGAGUUUGAGAGGCUCCACGCAGUGCUUACGAGGGAGGAAGCGUUGUGUCUGGAUGCACUGGCCUCAGAUGAAACGAAAAAAAUUGAAGCGUUACAGUCUUGUAUGGACAGCUUGGAGAAGGACAUAAAAAAGUUGGAGGAACUCAUGGAAGGCCUUAAGAAAGACAUGCAGAUGGAAAAUCUCCCUCUUCUUAAGGAUUUUAGGGUGAUAAAAAGAAAAGCCCAGUGGACUAAACAGGAUCCUUCCAUGCCUCCUAAUUCCCUUAUAAACAUAAGCAUGCAUGUUGGUUCUCUGGGAUUCAAAAUAUGGAAGAAGAUGCAGGCUGAUGUAACGUACUAUCCGGUAAUUCUGGAUCCUAACUCGGCCUCGCCGUGGCUUUCCUUAAACGCUGACCUCACAAGUGCUAAGGAGAGCCCGGAACGCCUGUCUGUCCCCGAGAACCUAGAGCGCUUUGACCCCUGCGUCUUCGUUUUGGGAGCUGAAGGCUAUACGUCCGGCAAACACAAAUGGGACAUUUUCGUCGGCAACAUCCCUAAAUGGACCGUGGGAGUGUGCAAAGAGUCUGUGCUCCGCAAAAAGAAGUUCACGGUGUCGCCGGGUCGUGGCGUGUGGGCCAUAGGGCUUAGCAAAGAGAAGUACAUCAUCCACACAGCGGAGCGCAACGAGCUCCCAGUAGAGCAAGGCAUUGAGAAGAUCCGCAUCAAGCUGAACAUGGAUAAAGGAGAGGUGUCUUUUUGGGAUGCAGGCACAGCGAAACACCUGGUCACUCUCACUCAUAAGUUUGAAGAAAAAAUGUUUCCACUGUUCGGCCCCGGGCUUUACACUUCUCCAAUGGAGCUGCCUGCUGGGAAAAUAGCUGUGCAUACAUCCUAAAAGACCAUCAGAUCACAGCAGAAUGGUGGUUGAUAGCUGCAUCUUUUGAAUUAACAUACUUUUUAGUCAACUUUACAACACUUCUAUAAAGUUACAAAAAAGUGCAAAUGCAAAUAAAUAAAUAAAAGAAACAUACCCAAUGAACAAGAGGAGCAGGUAUAUAGAAAUGGAGAUUCCUAAAGAUUGCUUUCUUUUUUUCCUUUUUAUUUUUUGAAAAAUCUGUUUUUGAACACGUUUAAUGCUUAACAAAAGCAGCCUUAAAAAGCUAAAAAACAUGGUCUUCUGUGUUUUUGGUUAUGGUAAGGAUAUUUUUGUCGCUGUUUUUUUGUAGAUGAAAAAAAUAGAUGCAUCAAAAAGGUCUUUGAAUUUUAAGUGUGCCUUAAAAAGCUGAUAUUAAGUCCUAAUUUUCUGUUUCUAUUGUUGCUUUUUAGUUCAACACAACCAAAAUUAACACAGGGAUUGUUUUAGUAUUGAAAUAUAUUUUAUGUAAUUUAGAUAUUUGUUUUGCCACGUGUGUUGACAGUUUUUGUGCAAAGUUUGAAAGGGUGUCAAAUUCUUUAAAUAAAUGGGUUCUUAUUGGUUUCUA